AGACAAAGGAAUAAAGAGGGCGCCCUUCACACGGACUUACAACUCGAACAUUGUGCAAAUGAUGAGUUCCUGGUUACCGUAGGCCUGAUGCAGUGCAGUAUUGAGGCUUUUUCCAUCAUUUUUUCUCUCUCAAAAUUCCGGAUGUCUUCAAAAUGUCGCUCGACAAGGAGAAGCAUGCAUCACGACUGUUUCCAGGAAUAGAACAUUCUCCUUCGAUGGCUGUGAUUUUCUGGUUGCUCUUGAGUCUGACGUCAUUUUAUACCGUUUUCUACAUUACAGCCAGCCUAGUGCAUGGGAUUUUUAAAUUUCACAACUUUGACGGCACGAUUCCAUUCCACUACAAGAGCUUUGAAAAUAUUUUCACAAAUUCUACAAAGUGGAGUACGCAACCCUUUCUUGGUGAUUUUAUAGCACUGGAAUCCACCUUUUUCGUCUCAACUUUUGUUUUCUUGACGUUUCUUCGGCAGCGUCUGUGGGAUUUUUCUGUCACAGUUACCAUAAUACACUCGGCAAUAACUUGUGCAGUCAACCUCAGCUUCCCUCUGGUAUGGGAAUGGUGGAUCUGUCUUCUCAUUGGCCUUGUUAUCAACAUCAGCUUCGGACAACUCAUCAACCAAAUCAUAAAUGAGAAGAAAAAAGGCUCCGUAAAAUUCAACAAGAAGAGAACGGGGGCAGUUUCAUGAAAAAAACUGACGAAAAUCUGGGGAUGAGUAGAACAGUUGAAAACCUGACUAUUUUUCAAAGGCAACUUUUUGAUAUAUGUAUAUAAACCUGAUUUGUAUUUAAUAUUUAAAUAUGAUUACUGUAAAUUUAAGUGCCAAAACUUCGGAUUGUCUGAGGCUCAGGAACAAAAUUUAUCUGUGAAAUAUCUCGGAAAUCUGUGAAUAGGAAUGAAAAUAUUUACUGCAUUCAUGUGAAAUGGUUUCGAAAAUGAACACCGACAUUGUUCAAGAAAUUUUCCGGGGGUGGGGGGCAGAUUGAACAAAUAAAUUUGUAUCUAGUCCUAUAUGUCGUCAUUUUUACUCAAGAUUGUUUGAAUUUAAAUGUACAAACUUUGAAAUCAUUUUUCAAUUCAAAAGUUCCACUCAUAUUGGUGGUAGAUUCUCAAAAGAUUGAUGAUUCAGCUUAACUUUUUUCAGUUUAUCAACUCAAGACUUUUUGGUUUAUUUUAUGUCCUAAUGUAUGAAUUUUAGUGAAUCAAUUUACCAUAUGAGAAUUUGUUCCUUUUGUAGAACUGUAAGUGCAUAUUUUUGCCAAAGACAAUCUGACUUUCAGUAUACUAAAGUAAAACAUUUUAAUUUAUCAAAGAAACUCUCAAACUUUGAGAAUGCUGCAAUAUUUAAUGACUUUUUAAAUAUGAAAAUCAACUUUGUUUUAGAAUUUUCAAAUUUCUUUCAGGCUUUUAGAAUCCCAUUGAAUGUUUCUUUCUUUGAGUACAAUUUGAUUUCUACUCAAGUACUGUUAGUCUUUAUAGCCAGAUCAAAAUAAUGUUAUAGUUUCCUUAAGGUUUAUUUUGAUACUGAUGAAAAUAAAACAAUUCUGAUUAACA